AUGGAGCCGCUCCCGCUGGCUGAGGUCGCGCGCCGCGUCCGCGUCAAGCGCGACGUCUUCUUCCGCCGCGUGCUCGUCUCGGACGCCGACGUGCAGCAGCAGAUGCUUGCGCGCAUCGCCGACGAGCUCCACGAGCUCCUCGCGCGCCACGACGCGACGCUCGUGACGGACUUUUUCCCCACGGCGCUGCGCCUCACGCUCGACGCGCCGUUCGCGGCGAUCCGCGAAGCGCUGCGGCCGAUCGUCGACGUCGUCGAGCGCACGUACCCCGCGGCGCAGGCGCUGCGCGCGCAGCAGACGCGCGUGUCGUACUUUUUUCCCAACGGCCACGCGCCCGAAGACGAGGGCGACGAGGCGCUCGAGAGCGUCCCGCGCAUCGACGACGAAGCGCUGCAGACGCUGUUCCAGCACUCGUUCCUGCGCACGGGCCGCGUGACGCAUUUGAUGCAGAUCUUGGCCUGGCACGGCAGCUACGCGGCGCUGUUCGAGCGCAGCGUUGCAGCGACGAUGCUGAGCGACGGGACGCUCCCGCUGCACUGGGGCAGCUACAUUGCCGUCAUGGGCGCGAGCGAACUGCGGUGCCACUACUUGGCCGACCUGCAGCAGUACAACUUUGUCGUGAACGGCGGCGACAGCGACUGGAUCAAGGGCCUCGACUACGUGCCGCCCAAGCUCUUUCGCCUGCACGAGCUGAGCUCGCUGCUCGCGCACCAGCCGUGGCUGCUCACGGCCGAGCACGUGGCCGAGCUCCUGCGCUCGGACCAGGACGACUCGUGGUCGGUCUCGGAGCUCGUGCACGCGAUCAUUGUGCUCUGCCAAGCGCACUCGAUGGCGAGCAUUGCGCUCGGUGUCGGCUGUGCCGAGGAAGUGGACCUCGCGGUGUUUGGCCAGUUUGGCCGCGCGCUCGACGCCGAGUCGACGACAGCGGAAGGGGAUGUCGACAAGUACGACGGCACGGACGCCAGCAGCUGCAGCAGUGUGGACCUGUCGACGAUCGAGCGGGACGACGAGAUGCCGCUGAAGCAGCUGAAGAAAAACAGCCACUUGGACAGCGAUACGGCGGACGAAGAGGAAGAAGUCGCGGACGAACAGCGCGAGCAGCAGGACGGAGACGACGACGUGGAAGACGAGGACAAGUACGGCGCGGACGAUGGGUUCGAAGUGGUGGUGGACGAAGCAGCGUAUGGAGGCAGUGUACCGACGGACAGUCGGAGAAUCGACACGCUGUGGCGCUUCUGCGGCGGCAGCGUCCUCCGCUACUCGGACUUUGACGUACGGUCGGACGAGUACGAGGUGCUGCACACGGAGGACUUUAGCUGGGACGAACACUGCUUUUCCCUCGUGAAGCGGUAUUUCCCAGGCGAAGCAGGCCAGAUCCUCGAGGACUUGUUCAAUUUGACUAGCAAGCUGACGUACGACUGCUUUGGCGCGAACAAGGACGAGUUUGUGGACACGAGUCCGUACCGGGAUGCUGUCUGGUACUACGUGCACCGUAUCUUUGGCAUUUGCCACGACGACUACGACUACCGCCAGGUGAACACGUACCUGAACCGGCCGACCAAGAUUUUUCUCAAGAAAGUGGCUUGCACGCCUUGGAAAGUGCGGGAGGAAGACUUUGCCCACUUUGACCGGAUACUCCGCCCGUCAGAGAAGUGCCACGUCAUUCUGCUUGUCGCUGAGGCGCGCAAGCAAGCUGGGCUCAUGUACGGCCUGCGUGCUGUGAUGAACCACAUGCGCUGA